AGCAGAGGGGAGCCUGGGAGAGCGCAGAGGCCGAAUUGCCAGAUGGACAUGGAAACAGGACAAAGAAAUUGGUGGGAAAACAUGAGAUUUCUGAGGCAAAUCUUGUAUUUGAGGCCCCUAAAGCUGAAAUAUAAAAUUACCCUGGUUUUCUUAGGCAGGUGUGGUGGAAAGAGCUGUGGAUUAGAGGUCAGGUAGAUGGCCUAGGGUCCGUCCAACCUGGCUCUUCUGCCAUCUUUGUGUGACACAGAAAGGUCACUAUGCCACUCUGAGCUUGUCCCUUCAGCUCUCUGACAGAGAAGUUCUGCCUGUCGUUAACCCCUGGAAACGAUCACAGGAGUGUGUGCGGCAUCACUGUGGAAAGUGCCUCGUGGAAGAAAGUACCAGAGACUUCCAUUUUGCAAUGAUCUCAGGGGGACUUUGGCCUGGCAUCUGAGUGGAAUAAAUGCCUUUCAUUCAUUUGUUUCUAGGGUACCACAUUCGCCCGGUGGAACUCAGACUUGGAAAUGCUGACAACAGGCUUCAAAGACAGCUGAGCCCCACGAGACACCAGGAAAGCCCAUGGCUCUGGCUGCGUCUCUCAACAUGAGCAGCCCACAGCCUGCCCCAGGAGGAGGGAUUUCCGAGGUGGAGAUCAUCUCCCAACAGGUGGACGAGGAGACCAAGAGCAUUGCUCCUGGGCAGCUGGUGAACUUUGCCUACCGGGACUUGCCCCUGGCCGCAGUCGACCUCUCCUCCGCGGGCUCGCAGCUGCUGUCAAAUCUGGACGAAGACUACCAAAGAGAAGGGUCCACCUGGCUGAAGCCGUGCUGUGGGAAGAGAGCAGCCGUGUGGCAGGUAUUUUUGCUCAGUGCCAGUCUCAACAGUUUCCUGGUAGCCUGUGUAAUAUUGGUGGUGACCCUCCUGACUCUGGAACUGCUAAUAGAUAUAAAGCUUCUCCAGUUUUCCAGUGCUUUCCAGUUUGCCGGUGUGAUUCACUGGAUCAGUCUGGUCAUCCUCUCCGUGUUCUUCUCAGAGACUGUCCUCCGGAUUGUGGUGCUUGGCAUCUGGGACUACAUCGAGAACAAAAUAGAGGUGUUUGACGGGGCCGUGAUCAUCCUGUCCUUGGCCCCCAUGGUGGCCUCUACUGUGGCCAACGGGCCCCGGAGCCCCUGGGACGCCAUCAGCCUCAUCAUCCUGCUCCGCAUCUGGAGGGUGAAGAGGGUCAUUGAUGCCUACGUCCUGCCUGUGAAGGUGGAGAUGGAGAUGGUCAUCCAGCAGUACGAGAAGGCCAAGGUCAUCCAGGAUGAGCAGCUGGAGAGGCUGACGCAGAUCUGCCAGGAGCAAGGGUUUGAGAUCCGGCAGCUGCGGGCGCACCUGGCGCAGCAGGACCUGGACCUGACAGCGGAGCGGGAGGCGGCGCUGAGGGCACCACAGGUGCUCCGCCGGCCGCGCAGCCGCUACCAUGUGGUGGAGGAGGCAGCAAACGAGGGCUUCAUGGAGGAGCUGCAGCCUUCACCAGAGGUGACCAUGGGUGACCCAGAGGUGGGGUUGAGGGUGACGUGUUACCAGCUCCCCUCCUCUCUUGCAGAUAGCGGAGUCCCAGAGCCAGCCAUGUGCCUGGUCACCACGGCUGCCGUAGACAUCCACCAGCCCAACGUCUCCUCUGACCUCUUCUCGGUGGACGUGCCCCUGAAGCUCAGUGGUAAGGGCACCCGCGUGAGCUCCACCUCCGAGAGCGCAUCCUGCUCCACUGGCAGCUCGGUCCCGGAGGCCCAGAGCGACAGCAGCACCCUGUGCUCUUCUAGGGAUGGCAGUACCGCCCGUGACUUGUCUUCUGAGCCCAGCCCCUCUCCCCUGCCACUGCCACCACCACCCCAGCAGCAAAUGACGGAGACCACAGUCCAGGACCUGCUGUCCUCCCUGUCAGAGGACCCCUGCCCAUCCCAGAGGGCCUUGGACCCAACCCCCUCAGCCCAGCCCAGCCCAGCCGGCUCUGCCCAAACCAGCCCGGAGCUGGAGCGCAGGGUGAGUCUGUUCAACCAGAAGAACCAGGAGGGCUUUCCCGUCUUUCAGAUCCAGCCUGUCAUCCACUUCCAGCCAGCUGCGCCCACGCUGCACAAAUUCAGAUCUUUGGAAUCCAAAGAGCAGACACUGCACAGGGUCCCUGAAGCCUAGAGCCUCCGGGUGGUGGGCUGGGUGGGAGAAGGGCACACAGUUGGGGCCACGUGUAGGACCAGCCUGGCCUCUCAGGGUGCUGCCCGCCUCCAGGGAGGUGAUACUGGGAAAGGAGGACACAUGCCUCAGACCUCAAAGCCCAGAGCUGGUGCCUCCUCUGGCCCUGACCAGGGGAAGGUGGUGCUCACGGCUGGGUUUUUAAACCAUUUUUAUAAAACCAGCCUGAGGCCCAGCUUCAGCAGGGUGGAGUCCAGGCCCAGCUCAGCCUCUGCCGUUGCCUUCAUUCCUGACGCCCACCCUGGACCCUCGGGAAUAGCACUGUGAGCAGGGGCUGUCCAGCCCCACCCCCCCAAGCCCUCCCGUCCAGGAAUCCUGGGUGGAGCCCACACAAUCUCACGAAGACCACCAUCUGAGCCUAUUUUGUUCCUUCUCAUUCUCUCACUUCCGCAUGAGCCUUUCUGGGUCUUUUCGAGACAAACCUAGUUUUCACCCUCACAGGACAUAAAGGGAUGAAUUUGCAGGUGGAUGGGAAUGUCCUAGGGGCAGGGGACAGCCAUUUUGCAAACUCAGCUUUAAUAAUAAAAACCAGCUGCACUGAGAUUUGGGUUGGAGGAGGUCUGUCUUUGGUGGCUGGCCUAGGCGCAGAGUCUGCAGGGCCUGCUCGCUGGGCCUGGGCCUGGGCCGGUGAAAAGCCGUCCAGGGGCCCAACCCCUGUCUGGCAGCCCCGAGGCCUUUUCACAGUGGAGGGCACUCUGGGCCCAGACGGGAAGCUCUCUCACUGCCUGGGUGGCUCCAGACUAGUCCUGUCCCUCCCCCCCUCAUCUCCCCACCAAAACAGAGCUCAGAACUCCCUAUUCCUCACUGACAACUGUGACCCAGCCCCCCGCCCCAGUCUCCAUCCCUGGGACCUCAAACUCAGCAGGUGCAAGACUGAGCACCACCCUGAAGCCUGCUUACGCACACACUGAGCAUCAGUGGCUCUUCUCGUUCCGCACAAGCUGUCACGGUGUCUGCCUUCCCGAUCACCUGCACGGACCCCAUCACGGCCUGGCCCUGGCUCAGCCCGGGUCCAACCUCCCUGUCUCCCUUGCUGAAAAGCUUCCAAGGGGUUUCGUGUUGAUAACCACUGUUUUGUUUUACAUACCCCCAAAGUCAUGGGAGAGAGAGCUGGACUCCUACUGUCCCUCUACAUGGUCAUAGUCCCCUCGUGAACUGGCGUACCUGCCACUCUGGCUGCCCUUUCUCCUCUCUGGUGCUGUCCAGGUUGUUCUUGGUGUGCACCUGCCUCACUCAACCCUCCCUAGAAGCUCCUGUGGUCCCAUGGAAUCACCUGGCAGCACAGUGACCCCAGGGCUGUCAGCAACCACUUCCCUUUGGCCCUGAGAGCCCACAAAGCCGCAGCACAGGCAGAGUCACGGGGACAGGGGGCUGGACUGGAAGGGAGGGAGGGAGAGUAGCACACACAAGGCACGGAGCACCCUCUUGGCUCACAGGGAGGAGAGCAGCCGUUCCAAACGUUAAAGGAACUGCUGCCCAACUGAGUCAUUGCAGGGCUGUCACUGGAGACAUCCUGCAUCCCCAACAGCAGAAUUAAAACUUCCAGAACUGAGCAUUCAA